AGAGGUGACUGAGGUGCGACAUGGUCGUUCUGAAUUUGGGACGUGUUUAAUGAGAUACAGAUUGAGAAAGAAAAAAAACGUUAAGUAAGAGGACUAAAUAUCAGAAGAGUUAUGAGGAUUGUUUCCCUGUUAUCAAGAGCCAGAAAGGGUGGUAUCAAUGCACAGCCCAGAUCCUAUUUAUCCUGCUUUUCAAAGGCUACAAAUAGUACUGCAAUUAGUGAGAAUGUUAGAACCAUGUCUUCCAAAUUAACAGGCUCCAAUAGGAUAAAGGGAACAGAGAAGAACAUAUGGGUGGAGUUUGGGAAACUUGCAGUGGAAAAUGAAGCAUUGAAUCUUGGACAGGGAUUUCCAGACUUUAAGCCUCCACAACAUGUGAUUGAUGAGAUGACAGCAGCGGUUGCUAGUGACAACCAUCUCAUGCAUCAAUAUACUCGCAGCUUUGGCCAUCCCAGGCUUGUGUCGGCUCUUGCAAAGUUAUACUCUCCUCUCAUUGGCCAUGAGUUGGAUCCAUAUAAAAAUGUGACUGUCUCAGUCGGGGCAUAUGGUGUCCUAUUCUGUGCUGCCCAAGGAUUGAUAAACCCUGGAGAUGAAGCAGUGAUUAUUGAGCCUUACUUUGACUGCUAUGAGCCAAUGGUUAAAGUUGCUGGAGGACAAGCAUUUUAUUGCCCUCUGAGGCCAACAAAGACAGGACAGGUGACUUCUAGCAAAGACUGGAAGUUAGAUCCCAAGGAACUGGAGAGUAAAUUCAGCAAGAAAACAAAGGCUGUAUUCAUAAACAAUCCAAAUAAUCCACUUGGGAAGGUUUUCACUCGAGAGGAACUUCAGAUGAUUGCAGACCUGUGUAUAAAGUAUGACACUAUUUGUUUGUCAGAUGAAGUGUAUGAGUGGAUGGUCUAUGAUGAUAAUAAACAUAUCAAGAUUGCUUCCCUGCCAGGAAUGUGGGAGAGAACAGUGACCAUUGGAAGUGCUGGGAAGACAUUUAGUGCUACAGGCUGGAAGCUGGGAUGGGCAGUUGGUCCAGAAGAUCUCAUAUUCCCCAUGCAGAUUCUCCACCAAAAUUGUACUUACAACUGUCCUACACCGGUCCAGGAGGCAGUUGCUGGAGCAUUGGAGCAUGAGAUGAAACUGAUGGAUCAACCAGACAAAUGUUACUUCUACUCUCUGGCCAAAGAAUUACAGCCAAAGAGGGACAUGUUAGCUAAAAUCAUUAAGGAUGUUGGUCUAUUUCCUGUAGUGCCAGAGGGAGGCUACUUUAUGAUGGUUGACACAUCUGGCCUUAACAUAGAUCUUCCUGAUGAUGGAACAGAUGAUCCUCGUGAUUUCAAGGUCAUUAGAUGGAUGACAAAAGAACUGAAAUUGGCAGCCAUUCCCCCAACUGCAUUCUACCAUCAGGAACACAAACAUCUAGGAGAAAACUAUAUACGAUUCUGUUUUAUCAAAAAAGAUGAAACCAUUGCAGCAGCUGGUGAAAUUCUCAGAAAAUGGGCAAACUCACUGAAGAAAUGACACUAGAAUAAUAUUGUACUCCCAGUAUUAGAAAAUAUUACCAAGUUGCAUGCUGUGCCAAUUAGAAUAAAUGCCUAUGAAUUGCUUUACCAUUAUACUAGUAUAUUACAGGUACACCACUGUACCCUUAACUGUUUUGUACCUAUUUACUCAAGAAAUCCACAUAUGAGUAGAUGUACAUGAAAUAAGGCUGUUUACAAGUGAUAUUAAGAAUUCAAAAUUUGUUUAAAAUGUACUCCUUGUAUUACAUGUAUUAAACUACAUGUAAAAUUGUAUUGUUCCUCCAUCAUACAUGUAUAGAUUUACUAAUUACACAAAGAGCUUAUUAAGAAAUUCAUGGGUUUUUUCUUCUAUUUCUUUGUUUACAGGAAGACCAACAAAUUUUCUAAUAUGUAUGAUUAAUUUUUGUCAUGGGAUGUUCUUCAAAUGGCUGAUAAUAAUCAGACUGUGUGCCAAAUGCCUGUAAAGGUUUAUAUAGAAAAUUCUGUGAUUUCUUAGACAUUUUAAACCCUUUCAUUAAUGAAGUAUUACAUCAGCAUCAAGCUUCUUUAGUAUGAACUUGAUCCAUUUGUGAAUUCAGAGACUUCUUUACCUAAACAAUUUUUUUCCAAAGUUUUUUGUUUUUGUUUUGAAACGACUCUUGAAAGUGAGGUUAUCCUUGUUGAUUUAUUAUUUUAUAUAGCUAUUGUGAUUUUUUUUCCUAUACACAGUAAUUAUGAUGUUUUAAUUUUUAGAUACAAUGCAAAAAUUUUUAUUGGCUGUACUGUGAAAAGAAACUGGUAUUAAUUUGAUACUUUUAAUGUUGACGUGUUGAUGACUAUCAUUGGGCUAUAACUAAUGGAUUCAUUGAUUCUAAAUGCUUCAGUAAAUUUUUUUUAAUUAUCAUCAUAUUUUGGAGAAUGAAAUACAUUAAACUAUAUUUUAUGAUUUAAACCCAGCUUUCAAAAUCAGUGUUCUUUCAGCUGAUAUACAUGUACAUGUAUGUAUGUUAAUUUUUAAUGACAGUCAUACAUUUUUAUAUGUAUAUACCUGGUAUGUACCAUUGAUAUUCAAAUAUAAAAUGUAGGUUAUGUAUGGUCAAAUAUUUCAGUACAUUUACCAUUUUCAAAAUUUAUUUCACCAAAACACUUAGCAAAACAAUUUAGCUGGUUUGUGCAAGGAUAGAUACAGAUUCAACUUGAUAUUUAUUGACAAGGCAAGGAAAAACAGGAAAAUGGCUUAAAGCAAAAGAAUAGGAGGAUAAGGAGGGGAGGGAGAGGGGCAUUGGACGUUGUAAAUGGGGUGGGGUGAGGAGGCUUUUGACAGCUGGAUCUGCCCAUGUGGGUCACCAUUCUUAUAAUAUUCCUCUAUUUUUUACAAAUACCUAUAUUAGGUAGAGAAUUAUUUUAUUCCAUAUUCAGAGUUGAUCUUUACCUAGGUGUAUGAUAUGCAUUAGCUUUGAUGUGCUUAGCCUGUUGUUUUUAAUGUCACAUAUAAGCAAGUUAGAUGUUUUUACAUACAUGUACAUGUACCAUAAUGUUGAAUUUCACACCUCCACCAUUGGCAUUGGUGACAUCUAUACCAGUAAUUUUAAAUUGUAGAGUUGAUAGACUUCAACAUACUGAAUGCCAUAUUCUUAUUCCAGGUUGUUACUUGUUGAAUGCUUUCCAGAUUUAAUGAAAUAAAUUGAUACCAUAUUUU